AUGUUCACCGGCCUCGUUCAAUCCCUCGCUGAAGUGGUCUCGCUCGCCGAAGAAGGGCCCGGCGUGCGGCUGACGGUGCGUGACGCGUUGAUUGCCGGCAGUGUGGCGCUAGGCGACAGCGUUUGCAUCAACGGCUGCUGCUUGACGGUCGUUGGGAUUGAAGGCGAUGCGGUCGCGUUUCAGGCGGGGAGCGAGACGCUCUCGCGCACGAAUCUUGGCGACCUAAAAGCCGGUAGCCGAGUGAAUCUCGAGCCCUCGCUGAAGGCCGGCGACCAACUCGGCGGGCACUAUGUGACAGGCCACGUUGAUUGUCUAGGCAUUGUCGAUGCGAUUGAGCCGGACGGCGAUUGGUCGAAGUAUUGGUUCCACGUCCCUGCUACUCAAAUCCGCCAGAUGGCGAGCAAGGGCUCCGUAGCGGUUGACGGCGUUAGUUUGACGCUGGUUGAUGUCGAAGACUUGCCAGGAGAGCAGGGGGGGCGGUUCAGUGUGGCCCUGAUACCCCACACACUAAGCGUCACGACGCUCGGGGCCCGGCAGGUCGGCGACCACGUCAACAUCGAGACCGACGUGCUGGCGAAGUAUGUCGAGAGGCAAUUGGCGGGGCGGCAGUAG